AUGCGAUACAACACCAAAACAAACCUAAUCAGGCAAUCUCGUUUCUUCCUAUCGAUCCAUUUUUUUGGAAAAUCUGCAAUGCACCGUGUGGGUAUUGCAGGCAGUGCCUCUAAUUCAGUUCGUCCUCGCAAGGAGAAAAGAUUUACAUAUGUAUUAAGUGAUACAGAUGACACAAAGCAUUGUGCAGGUGUGAAUUGUUUGGCUGUAUUAAAGCCAUCAAAACCAGACAACUCAAGUUACCUCUUCACAGGGAGCCGAGAUGGAACAUUAAAAAGAUGGGCAUUGACAGAUGAGGAUGCUACAUGCUCAGCUACCUUUGAGUCUCAUGUUGAUUGGGUCAAUGAUGCAGUCCUUGUAGGAGGGAAUACCCUUGUAUCAUGCUCCUCAGAUACUACAGUCAAGACAUGGGAUUCUUUUUCUAAUGGAACUUGCACAAGGACUUUUCGCCAACACACAGAUUAUGUCACUUCUCUUGCUGCAGCAGAAAAAAAUAGCAAUAUUGUUGCAUCUGGUGGAUUGGGUGGUGAAGUGUUCAUAUGGGAUCUUGAAGCAGCACUUGCUCCCCUCACCAAGUCCAGCGAGGCAGCUGACGAGGAUCGUCCAGGUGGCACCAAUGGGUCAGGAAGUUUACUACCAGUUACUAGCUUACGUACUAUAAGCUCAAACAACAAUAUUACAUUGCAAACAAAUGCACCUCACGGAUAUGUUCCUAUUGCUGCUAAAGGACAUAAAGAGUCUGUUUAUGCAUUAGCAAUGAAUGAUACUGGAACUCUUCUUGUUUCUGGUGGAACAGAAAAGGCUGUACGUGUUUGGGACUCAAGAAGUGGCUCAAAGAUGAUGAAGCUUCGAGGGCAUACAGAUAACAUUAGGGCUUUGCUUCUUGACUCCACAGGAAGGUUCUGUUUAUCAGGAUCUUCGGAUUCUAUGAUCAGAUUAUGGGAUCUUGGACAGCAAAGAUGUGUGCAUUCAUAUGCAGUUCACACAGAUUCUGUUUGGGCACUUGCUAGCACUCCUACAUUCAGUCAUGUGUAUAGUGGUGGAAGGGAUCUUUCUUUGUACUUAACGGAUCUUUCAACAAGGGAGAGUAUACUUCUUUGCACAAAGGAACAUCCUAUUCAGCAACUAGCAAUGCAUGAUGAUGGUAUUUGGGUUGCAACAACAGAUUCUUCUGUUCACAGAUGGCCUGCUGAAGCUCAAAACCCUCAAAAGGUGUUUCAUAGAGGUGGCUCUUUCCUAGCUGGCAACUUGUCUUUUUCAAGAGCUAGGGCUUCUUUAGAAGGAUCUACUCCUGUUCCUGUUUACAAAGAACCAAUAUUCAGUAUUAAAGGAAUUCCAGGAAUCAUGCAAUUUGAAAUUAUGAACAACAGACGACACGUUUUAACCAAGGAUAAUGCUGGUUGUGUAAAGCUUUGGGAGAUCACUAGAGGUGUUGUAAUCCAAGACUAUGGACAGGUGUCAUUUGAAAAAAAGAAGGAAGAACUGUUUGAGAUGGUCAGCAUUCCCGCGUGGUUCACUAUAGAUAGUAGACUCGGAAACUUAUCUGUCCAUUUGGACACCCCACAGUGUUUUUCAGCAGAAAUGUAUUCUGUUGAUCUUAACAUCACCGAAAAAGCUGAGGACGAUAAGGUUAAUUUGGCAAGGGAGACACUGAAAGGACUUUUGGCACCGUGGCUGUCUAAAAAGAAACAUAAAUUUGGGCCCCAAAGUUUGGCCAAUGGGGAAGUGCCACCUGUCAGGGAUAGGGAUAGGGAUAGGGAUGUUUCUUCUAGAAGCAUUACGCUUUCAAAAGUUGAAGUAGAUGGAAACAGUGAAAACGAUUCUUCAGUUUACCCUCCGUUUGACUUUUCAACUGUGUCCCCACCUUCUAUUAUUACUGAGGGCUCACAAAAUGGUCCAUGGAGGAAAAAAAUUACUGAAAUGGAUUCUACAGAAGAUGAAAAAGAUUUACCUUGGUGGGUCCUUGAUUGUGUUUUACAUAAUCGUUUGCCCCCUAGGGAACACACCAAGUGCAGUUUUUAUUUACAGCCAUAUGAAGGGUCAACGGCUCAAACUGUGACACAAGGGAAGCUCAGUGCACCUCGUAUCUUAAGAAUACACAAGGUUGUUAAUUAUGUGGUGGAAAAGCUGGUUCUUGAUAAACCAAUGGAGAGCUUGGCCAUUGAUGGAGCUUUUGCCACUGGAGAUGGAUCUUUUAGAUCUGGAAUGAUAAAACCAUGGCAAAAACUUAAGCCUUCAAUAGAAAUUUUAUGCAAUAAUCAGGUUUUGACACCUGACAUGAGCUUAGCUACUGUUCAUUCUUGGAGCAUACACGAAGAACCUCGGGUCAAAAUUCUGGUCAAAGAGCUAUCGAGUAUAAAAGAAAUAGCAGAAGAAGAUGAUGUCAGAAAACCACCACAUUGUUUAGUAGUAUCUAUAACAACAACAUUGUCACACAUGCCAACCAAAAAUAGAACUAGUAUUAUGGUAUUGGUAUGUAACCUACAGUUGACCACAAACAUUAAUUGUAAACCCUUGUAGGAAAUUUUUGCAUAUUACUAUUCACUUGUAUUUACAAAACAACCAUGCA